AACGGGGCUUCUAAGCUGAUACGGCCGGCGGCACGCUUUGCGCAGGGUAAACCCCUUUAGCCGAGCGCGCUGACGAAUUCGAUGACAGCGUAGCUGUACCGUAGCUCUGCACAAAAAAAAGAACACGCAGAUAAAUGUCCGCAUAGCUUCCUUACCCACGAAAGAGUUACUGUAUAAAGCCCAGAGAUUCGGUCCUGGCCUCUCCCACAUUUGCGUCGUGUGCAGAAACAGUUCCUGUAACUGUUCGUGGGGCGUCACUACCAGAACGGAGAUGGCAGUCGAGAUCAGCGGGCUGCUGCUCGGCUCCGCAGUGGGUACCCUCUUCCUAGCCCUUUUAACUUAUAAGUUACUCGGCAGCUACGUGCGAAAAUGGAGGCAGAUGAAACCCAUUCCUGGGUUUAGCCCUACUUACCCCAUCGUAGGCAACGCACUUCAUUUAAAAAGAAACGGAGGAGAUUUCUUUAGCCAGCUGAUUGAAUUUACAGCUGAACGCAGAAAUGAACCCUUGCUGAAACUAUGGAUUGGGCCAAUACCUUUUGUCAUUCUGUACCACGCAGAAAAUAUAGAGAUGAUACUGAGCAGUUCAAGGCACAUAGAUAAAGCCUAUGCUUACAAAUUUUUACACCCCUGGCUUGGCACAGGCUUGUUAACGAGCACUGGAGAUAAAUGGCGUUCAAGGAGAAAGUUGUUAACUCCAACAUUUCACUUCUCAAUCUUGACGGAGUUUCUAGAAGUGAUGAAUGAGCAGUCAGUUGUGUUGGUUAAGAAACUGGAGAAGCAUGCUGGCCAGGGAUAUUUUAACUGCUUUAAUCACAUCACUCUCUGUGCAUUGGAUAUUAUAUGUGAAACUGCAAUGGGCAAGACAGUCUGUGCACAGAGUAACUCUGACUCUGAGUACGUCCGAAGUGUUUACAAGAUGAGCGACAUCAUUCACCGCAGACAGAAGAUGCCAUGGUUAUGGUUAGAUUUCGUCUAUUACAUGUUUGGUGAAGGAAAGGAGCAUGACAGGAACCUGGAAAUUUUACAUUCCUUCACAAAGAGUGUGAUUGCAGAGAGGGCACGCAGCUUAGAAAACCCUGAGGAGGAACCCAAAACCUCUGACAGCGAGCGAGGUCAGAAAUCGGGAAGGAAAAGGAGAGCUUUCCUAGACCUGCUCCUGAGCACCACUGAUGAGCAUGGAAAGAGGCUGAGCCAUGAAGAUAUCCAAGAGGAAGUCGACACUUUCAUGUUUGAGGGUCACGACACAACAGCAGCUGCGAUGAACUGGGUCCUGUACUUGCUGGGCUGUCAUCCAGAGGAGCAGAGGAAGGUCCAGGAGGAGCUGGAUGAGGUUUUUGGAGCCUCUGACCGCCACGUCACAGCAGAUGACCUGAAGAAGCUGCGGUACCUUGAGUGUGCCAUAAAGGAGUCCCUGCGCUUGUUCCCCUCUGUUCCUUUCUUCGCCCGCAGCAUUUGUGAAGACUGUCACAUCAAUGGCUUUAAAGUGCCCAAAGGAGCCAAUGCUGUGAUCAUCCCAUUUUCUCUCCACCGUGACCCUCGCUACUUCCCAGAUCCUGAAGAAUUCCACCCAGAGAGGUUUCUCCCGGAGAAUUCUUCCAACAGGCAUCCCUAUGCAUUUAUCCCAUUCUCUGCAGGACUGAGGAACUGCAUCGGUCAGCGCUUUGCCUUGAUGGAGGAGAAGGUUGUCCUCUCUGCAGUGCUACGCCGUUUCCAGAUCGAGUCCUCCCAGAAACGAGAGGAACUGCAACUUCUGGGAGAGCUCAUCCUUCGUCCGGAGAAGGGAAUUUGGAUUAAGCUUCAAAAGAGAAGAUAGGAACUGUACAAUGAUGGUUGGGGAAUAAAACUAAAUUCCUCCUAGUAUAUAAACCUCGUCAGUGCUCUUUAUUUCUUUUACUAAAACAAUGUUCUAUUUCUGCGUGGUGGUUAAAUAAAUUAGGAUAGUAUUUUUAGAAUGAUGUAAAAUGGCCUGAAGUAGAGAAAUG